UGCAGUGUAGACAUUAGUAGAUAUAUGUUUGCAAAGUUUAUUAAAUAUUCCACACAGAAUUCUGUGUAGGCACUAGCCGAUCGUGAGCUACAGCCAACAGUUUAUUCAUUGUGCCAAAGUUUGUGGUGCGGCGUACACGUUCAAAUUAGAGACUGCCUUCCUGCAUUGCUAUUAAUCUUUUAAAUUUCGAACUUUCGCAUUCUUUUUUUUUUGUGCAUUUGUCAAAAAAAAUUAAUAAAUAGAGGCGGUAAUCAACAGCAAACAUGUUAUCGAGGCAUUUAAAGCAAAUUGAUCACAUCGGUUGGCGUCAUUUCGGCAUUUCAAGUGUACGAACUUGUGCAGCGCAAGUGGAUCCGAAGCAAAAUAAUGCCAGUGAUGUGGAUUUGGCGAACGCGCGUCCAUACUCAGAAGUGCCUGGACCCAGUAAAUUGGAACUAAUACGUUUAUUCUUGCCUGGAGGUCUUUUUUCGAAGAAACCAUUUUUUGCUGCUGUUCGAGAAAUGGAAAAGAAAUAUGGCCCGCUUUUUCGAUUUCCCGGCAUAUUCGACAAACCAGAAAUUGUAAUCGAUCUAAAUCCCACUGAUUAUUCGCUUAUUUUCCGUAAUGAAGGUACAUGGCCCGAUCGACGCGUUUUCGACACUUUCGUCUAUCAUCGUGAAAAACAUCGAGCCGAAUUCUUUCAGGGCGUCGAGGGCAUUAUAUCCACCUCCGGUGAGAAAUGGGCGAAAAUGCGCACCGCCGUGAAUCCAAUACUGAUGCAACCAAAAAAUGCCAAACUUUACUUAAAUACACUAUUGGAGAUCAAUAAUGAAUUUUUGGAAAGAAUUCGCCUCAUACGCGAUCCCAGCACACUUGAAGUGCCCGGCGACUUCCUCGACGAUAUCAACCGACUCGCUUUUGAGGGCAUAGCCGGCAUUGCGCUGAAUACACGACUCGGUUUGAUACAGAAGAAUCGUGACACCGCUGAGAGUAAGACUAUCAUGAAGUGCGUACGUAGUUUCUUUGUACUCUCCGAAGAGCUAGAGAUUCAACCUUCCAUAUGGAAGUAUGUGAAGACACCGAAAUUCUAUGAAAUGAUGAAGACCCUCGACACAAUGACGGACAUUUGUAAUAAGUACAUUAACGAAGCAUUAAUGCGUAUUGAACACGACAGUGAGGGCAAGCUCACAUCGGAGGUGGGCAAAGAGAAGAGCGUGCUGGAGAAAUUAGUGCGUGUUGAUAAGAAAUUCGCUGUGGUAAUGGCGUUGGAUAUGAUGUUAGCUGGUGUUGAUACGACCAGCUCCACCCUAACCGGCAUACUGUUAUGCAUUGCCAAGAAUCCUGAUAAACAGCAGCGGCUUUUCGGAGAAAUUCAACAAAUACUGCCGGAAAAAGACUCACAGCUGACCACAGAAAAUAUGCAAAAUAUGCCCUAUCUGCGCGCCUGCAUCAAAGAGGGUAUACGCUGCUAUCCUAUACUACCGGGCACGGUGCGUCGUUUGCCCAACGAUGUGGUGCUGAGCGGCUAUCGUAUACCCGCGGGCACCGACAUCUCCGUCGGCGCCAAUCUGGUGAUGCAGGAUGAACGUUAUGUGCCGCAACCGGAUAAGUUUCUGCCCGAACGUUGGCUGCGCAACGAUCAGUCCGCACAAGCUUUGGAGGGUCAAAUCAGCAAUCCAUUUUUGUAUGUACCCUUCGGCUUUGGACCACGCAGUUGUGUGGGCAAGCGUGUCGUCAAUUUGGAAUUGGAAAUCACUUUGUCGCGUUUGGUGCGAAAUUUCCAAAUUGAGUUUAAUUAUCCGACCGAGAAUGCAUUCGCUAUGAAGUUUAUGAGCGUGCCGCAAAUACCGCUCAAAUUCAAAUUCAUAGAGAGAGCAGCAUAAUGUGAUAUGGGAGCAGAAGAGAGAACUGGAUAUAGCUUAUACAUAUUUAUAUAUAUAUAUUUAUGUUAUGCCCUGUACGUUAUACGACUAUUUAGUGAAGAUUGAACCGUUUCAAAUAUUUUUUUUUCUCGAUGUAAAACUAAUAAUAAAGGAAAAUCUAAGCAAAUAAAAUUAAAAAAAAAAUUGUGUUAUGAA